AUGUCACAUAUAGUACUUGAAGAAGUUACAAACUUGGAAAUAUUAAAAUUUGCAUAUAAAGCUCAUUCUGAAUCAUGGAGUGGAUUAUUAUCAUCAGAACAAUAUAUUGAUAGAGAAUUACAAUUAAGAUCUCAAUCUAAACAAUUACAAACUGAUACAUCACCAUAUGGAUUAUUUCUUUAUAUAUUAAGAGACCUUCAAAUCCCAAGUGAAAAUGAAACUGAUAAUAUAGUAACAACUGGAGAGGUAUUAAUUAGAAAAUCUUGGAGAAUUGAUGGUGAUGAUGUUGAAAAUUUAAAAAUUGUUAAUUCUGGAGUUAUUGGUAACGUAUUUACAUUAAAAAAUCAUAGAGGAAAAGGAUAUGCUACUCAAUUAUUUCAUAAAUUGAAUGAAUUAUUGGAUGAAAAAUUGGGUAAAGAUGGUUAUUCAUUUCUUUAUAGUGAAGUUGGUACUUAUUAUGAAAAAUUUGGAUUUAAAAAUUUUAAUAUAAAGACUCAUACAAUUUCAAUUAAAGAUUACAAGAUAGAUGAUGAACAUUUAUCCAAUACUGAACCCUUAAAACUUCAUAAAUAUAAAGAUUUAAUCAAUUAUCAAAAAGAUAAACUAGAGAAAUCAUUCUUACAAAAAGCAAAAACUUUACCAAAAGAUGAAUCAAUAAUAUCAUUAAUACCAAACGUUGAUAUCUAUGAUUGGAUUAAUGAAAAAGAUCAAUUAAUAUCUACAAAACUAUUCCCAAAUUCAAAAGUUGAUAAUUAUGGUAUCUUGGAUUUAAAGACUAAAAAUCAUUUUAUUUGGUUACAUGAUUUUUCAUCUAAAAAGUUAUAUAUUAUUAAAAGUUUCAUUAAUGAAGAAUCUAAUGAUAUUGAGUCACUCAAAAAUUUAGUAUAUGGUACAAUCAAAGAAGCUCAAUUAUAUGGAAUUGAAAAAAUUCAUUUUUGGGAUACUUCAAUUGGACAAACUUUAAAAUAUCAUGAUCUUAUUAUUGAAUGGUUUAAAACAGAAUUUAAUGAUUCAAAUAUAUCACUUUUUGAAGAAAUCGAUUCAAUACCUGCAAUUAGAAUGAAUGAUGGUAAAUCUGGAUUGAAAAUUCAUUGGGAAAAUAAUGAAAAAUGGUCUUGGUAUUAA